GUAAGUAAUGUUAGUGAGGUAUGCCUCUAUUCAUCUCACAGAAAGUGGUCAUUGGUAUCGCCAGUGCUCGCUGCUUCACAUGAAACGAACACGCCAAAAUCGCAGAUUCACGGCAAAGCUGCUAAACUUGCCAUGCAAGUGCAUUGGCCCUGUCCCGGUCUCCAAAUCGCACGGAUGAGUGCCGAGAAAUGAGACACGAUGAACUUCUCAACGUCGUUCUUCGCGCCGGACUUGGCACCUGCCGACGACAGCAGCCACCCGGAGCAGGACCGCCAGCAACAACAGCAGGGACCAACCAAACGUGCCAUGGACCGAGCAAGCAACGAUGCGCAUCCAAUCGCCAGCGACCCAGUCGACCAUGAACUGACUGGCGACGGCAGCGCUGUGGGCAAGAACAGGAGUUCUAAUUCUACCGACCCCGCGCCCAAAAUGCCCGCUCCUAAGAAGAAGAAGAGCACUGCAGCGGCCGCCAAGGGUCCCGCGAAACGCGCCCGUCCCGGGGCUGCUCGCGUCGGCGGCCCAAAGAAAGCCAGGGGCGGCGGCGCGAAGAAGGCCAAGACAGGCGCGCCGGAUGCCUCCUCCAACCAGCCCGGCGCUGCUGAUGCGGACGGCGACGGCGGCAACUCUAGCGAGUCGGACAACGGGCCCUACUGCCUCUGCCGCGGGCCCGACGACCACCGCUUUAUGAUCGCCUGCGACCGCUGCGAGGACUGGUUCCACGGCGAGUGCAUCGGCAUGGACAAGCACACCGGCGAGAACCUGGUGCAGAAGUACAUCUGCCCGAACUGCACCGACGGCGGCCGCUACACGACCCGCUACAAGAAGAUGUGCUCGCUCGCCGGCUGCAACAACGCGGCCCGCAUCUACGACUCUUCUCGGCCCAGCAUCUUCUGCUCGUCCGAGCACUGCCAGGCCUGGUGGGAGCAGCUGAUCGGGACGUUGCCCAAAUCGAAAAGCGCCGAGGACUUCGACCGGCUCACCCAGGAGGAGUUCAUGGGCCUGCUCGAUGCGCCUUCUGCACCUGCGUCAUCGGACGACGCGGAAAACCUACCCAACGCCCCCUGGAAGCUGGGAAAGACCCCCUUCGAAAUCCCCCCCGACUUCUGGGACCAGCCCGCCUCCGCGGCCGCGCUCACCGAGGAGGAGCGCACGCUCCUCACGACGUCGGCGGCCACGCGCUACCAGCUCGGCGAGGAGAUUGUGCUCUGCAAGAAGAUGCUGCAGCUGAUCGACAUGGCGCUCAAGCAGCGCGAGGCCGCCAUCGCGGCCGGCAAGGGCACGGCCAAGGACCUGUGCGGCUACGACACGCGCCUCGACACCGUCGGCGCGACCCACCAGUUCGCCCUCUUCCUGCAGUCCCCGCAGGGCGAAACCAUCUUCAAAACCGGCCGGCUCGACAGCCUGCCCGACGGCACCACCAUCUCUUCAGACCCAGCCAACAACAACAACAACAGCAACCCCAAUCCCAAUGAACCAACAACAACCGACCUGGACACCACCUCCUCCGCGCCCUUCCAAGGCAUGUGCCUGCGGCGCAAGUGCAAGCCGCACAACGGGUGGAGCAGCAUCCUGGCCAAGGGGGCGCGGCACGACAUCAAGGAGCUGGCGGCGCAGGCCAAGGAGCUGCUGGACGCGGAGCAGCGCGUGCGCGACGGCGCCGCGGGCCGCUUCCGCCGGCGCCUGAAGGAGCGGAACCGCGUCAUCGUGCUGGACGGGAGCGGCGGCAGCAGCAGCAGCAGCAGCAGCAGUGCGGCAGACGGGAGCAACGGUAUGGAAAUUAGGACGUAGUUUUAGACCGUCAGGGUGAGGGUAAGGAGAGGAAGGAGCUUUUGCUGUGUGGGUCGGCUGCACCCCGUCUGUCUCACCGGGGUGUCAGUUUGCGGUUCUAGAGUAGGAGCCUAGGUCCCGGUCCUGGUCCCGGUCCCGGUCCGGUUUCCGGGCAAGUCUGAGCUUGCUUGAUAUGGGAACCUGGAAGGCGGGUUGAUGGUCGAUAGAUGAAUGGGUGCUUAGCUUACUCCUGGGAGGAAGCGUCACGCAGUGGCUGAU